CGGAUUUGACUGAGAGAUGCUGUGUCUUUGAACAAAGUAUUGAGAGCCGGACCUUUAUUCAGGUUUUCCCGUCACUUUUCCGACAGACCUCCGGACAAACCAAAAGAACCUGGAAGGGCCAAAGAUAGACGGCAGCAAAGCCCGCUAUCAGCCAUCCUAAAACAGGCGCCGAACACCGCCACUUGUUCGUCAGCUGGGGCGCUCGACCAACUGCUGGACCGAGACCCACUGGCCUGAGCCGCACCGCCCUGCCCUCAUUGACUCCUGGACGCUGCUUGCCUGGGCGUUUGAACCUGGUAUUUGGCAUCUGGCUGGCUUUGGCAUUCCGUCUUUGUGCACUUGCAUCAACGAAUCCAGCUUCGACCCAUCGACCGAGACAACCUCCCCGGCACAUUUCAGAUUCCAAGAAACCACUGCACCCUCACCUCUCACCUCAUCGCAGCCAUGGCCAACGACGAGUACGAUUUCCUCUUCAAAGUGGUGUUGAUUGGAGACUCUGGUGUCGGAAAGUCCAACCUGCUCAGCCGGUUCACCCGCAAUGAGUUCAACCUAGACUCCAAGUCGACCAUCGGUGUCGAGUUCGCCACGAGAUCGAUCCAGGUCGACAACAAGACCAUCAAGGCUCAGAUUUGGGAUACUGCCGGUCAGGAGCGGUAUCGCGCCAUCACUUCUGCCUACUACCGUGGCGCCGUCGGCGCUCUCCUCGUCUACGAUAUCAGCAAGAACAUCACCUACGAGAACGUAACCCGGUGGCUCAAGGAGCUGCGGGAUCAUGCCGACAGCAACAUUGUCAUCAUGCUGGUGGGAAACAAGAGCGAUUUGCGACACCUCAGAGCUGUUCCUACAGAUGAUGCCAAGAACUUUGCGGCCGAGAACCACCUCUCUUUUAUCGAGACUUCGGCCCUCGAUGCGACCAACGUUGAGCUUGCUUUCCAAAACAUCUUGACCGAGAUCUACAACAUCGUAUCGACCAAGAGUUUCGCCGAGGAGGACGGCAAGAAGUUCGACCCAAGGGAGGGCGGCACAAACAUCACGCUGAGCCAGGAAGGGCCAAAGGGGGAGUCCAAGGGUUGCUGUUAA